AUGUCAUUGCCCCAUUAUUUCACUUUAUGCAUAAUAAUAUCUCUGUAUUCUUUCUCAUCAAUUCAAAUGCAAUUCACUUCUGCUGCAUUAACUGUGCAGGUUUUGGGAAUCCAUUUAUGACGCCCACAACUUUAAUGUUUUUUAUUCUUUUAUGAGAUAGGUGUUUAUUCUUCCCUAUAUGAAACUAUCCUCCCAGAAUAAGCCAGGUAUAAAUAGACCACUUAAUCUCGAGUUUUAGCAGCAGGUAAACCAAACAAACUCACACAGUCACUUAGCAGUCACUCUAGAAAUCCUCCAACCAAAAUUCCAAUUGCAGCACGGCAAUGGACUUGAAACCAUUGAUUGCAGCCAAGCCAGUGGUGAUCUUCAGCAAGAGCAAUUGUUGCAUGAGCCACACAGUACAGGCUCUGAUACGCAGCUUUGGUGCCAACCAUGCAGUUAUUGAGGUUGACAAAAUGGCAUGUGGCCAACAACUAGAGAGUGCACUGCUCCAGCUAGGUUGCCGCCCCAGUGUGCCUGCAGUGUUCAUAGGACAAGAAUUCAUAGGUGGUGCUGAUGAAGUAUUCAAACUAAAUGUUCAGAACAAGCUUGCCCAAUUGCUGUUCGAGGCUAAAGCCAUAUUUCUCUGAAGUUGCAAACUCGAGCACCCCGUCUGAUCAAAUAAGAGGUUCUAAUUAGUUUUUUCUAAGCUAUGAGAACUAGCUCUGUGAGGCAGUUUAGUAUAGAGAAUCUUCUAGUUCUGGCCAUACUCUUGUAUUCUCAAUUUUUCCUUUGUGUUCUUUUGUAGAGCAGAGCAGCACUACUCUUCUUUUGUAUAUUAUUGCAGACCAAGGCUUUAAACACACAUGGUUUGGCCAUUUCAUCGUGUAAUUCUCACCCGUUAAAAAUCUCAUUUUCAGUUC